CCUUCUAAUUUUUCUCUCUUUUCCCCUCUCUUCAAGACUCAAUUCCUUUCUCCUCUCUCGCUCUCCCUCCAAGUCUCUGUCCCCCCUCUUGUCAUUCACCCCACCCAAAUCUAUCGCCAUGUCUGAAGCUGAGCACGCUUUCGAUGCCGAAGCCGGUGGUGAUGCCGGUGCCUCCACCACCUACCCCCAGCAGUGCUCUGCCCUGAGGAAGAACGGUCACGUUGUCAUCAAGGGCCGCCCUUGCAAGAUUGUCGACAUGUCCACCUCCAAGACCGGAAAGCACGGUCACGCCAAGGUUCACCUGGUCGCUAUCGACAUCUUCACCGGCAAGAAGCUUGAAGAUCUGUCCCCCUCCACCCACAACAUGGAUGUUCCCUUCGUCAAGCGUACCGAAUACCAGCUUCUUAAUAUCGACGAUGGUUUCCUGAACCUGAUGAAUGAAAACGGCGACAGCAAGGACGACGUCAAGCUCCCCGACGGCGAGCUCGGUGACAGGAUCCAGACCAUGUUUGACGAUGGCAAGGACUGCAACGUUAUCAUCCUCGCUGCCAUGGGUGAGGAGUGCGCCAUGGAUGUCAAGGAAGCCCCCAAGGGUAACUAAAUUACCAUAGUCAUGGACUCUAUUUGUGCUCCGUUGGCCCUUGUGUGUUCCAGGGUAUCCUUGAAGUUUGACCCUUGGGUUGUGAAGGAUGUCACAUUUUGGGCGAGAUCCAACCUGGCUCUUAUAUUGACGACUGAGCCUUGGAGAGGGUUGCGUUUAGUUGGCAUCGUAAAGCGUGCUUUGUCAUGACGGGAACCAGUCUGAGUCCAGCUUUCACGAUAUUUUGACGAAUUCUAAAAAUUUCAAUGGCUCUACCUAAUUCACAAGUGGCUCUUUUUUCUUUUGUUUUUGGUUCUAUUCCUUUUUCCGACUUGUAAAAACACAAUCUCGUAGGUUUAAGCUUCUAUACAGAUUGGAAAUGGGGACAGAAUAAAAGCCCAAAAAAGAGCAUGGCCGAAACAAGAGACAGGUUAAUAUAUGUAACGGUUCUAUAAAUUAACAUAUAAAUCCAUCCUUGGGGACCGUGAGCCGACAGUACUCUACGUUAGGUAAAUUUUCGCGAGGUGAUAAAUAUGUUUGCAAUGAUUUUCCAUGCCAUGGGAAGGUGAGGGCAGAAAAAGAAAAUUUCCAAAAACAACUUCAAUUCUGCCCGCAUUCAGC